AUGCCACCCUGGAUUGAAAGAAGUAGAGGAAUUCGACAAGUGGUAUAUGGGGCUAAUAGGGCUCCCCCACUUGCCGGUGGACCAUAUGGUUGCUGUGUGGCAAUCGUUAAUGAACGAGCCGCCACCGGGCGUAAUGGAGUCUCCAUUGUUUGCGCCAGGAAUGACAAGCUGAUGUACGAAGUGACCGACUACUGGUUCACAACGGAAAAUUAUAAGAUGUUCGGCUACUCCCAAUACGCCGACCUCAUCAGGACAAUAAACUGUCUGGAGGGACUUCACAAUGGGUGGAACUCCCUCCUGCGGGCCUCGCCGAAAUUGAAACAAUUCAUAAAGAUCAUGUGCCACGAAUUAGAAAGGGAGGGGCUGAAUAUAAUUCAGCUCCUCAGAAAAGAAGAGAUGCCUCGGCGAAGACGCGUGGACAUCGUCAGAAACGAAUGGCUCAACCGGGCAACCGCAGCCAUGAUGAACGAAUGCAAGGAUCCCUUGUGCGACCAACCGAAAUGUUGAAAAAGUAAGACUGUUAUGUAAAAGCUUUAACCCCAUGACCAUUAUUAACUGUUCUUUGUUUUAGAUAUGCGCGAUUCUGCGCAUACCUCUGCGCCGCGCCAAGAAAGACGCGACAAACAAAAAAGGUACAGCGUCACCAACAAGCUGUAUUAAAUCAACAAGGCGCAAAUCCAGAAGAUAUUGAGGAUGAGGAUGAGAACGAUAUUGUGGGAGCAUAUGACAACAUACCAGCAACAACGACGUCAUUUUCCCAACUUGUGUGGACGCCUUGGGACCCGUUAAAUCGGUUAUGA